AUGUCGACAUUCAGCCAAUUCGUCGUCCCGAAACCCACGUUCUCCGUUGACAACAUACCAGACCUCUCCGGAAAGAUCAUCAUCGUAACCGGAGGUUACACCGGCAUUGGUAAAGAGACAGUGAAAGCUCUCUUGAUAAAGAAUGCGAAGGUAUACAUCGCCGGUCGUAACUCAAAGAAAGCGGAAGACGCGAUUGAAGAUCUACGCACGACGACAGGAGGUAAGGAGGCGGUGUUUCUCGAACUAGAUCUUGCAAACUUGGAGUCUAUAAGGAGGGCAGUGCGAACAUAUCUU